AAAAAUAUAGUUCAUUUGAACUCUAUAUCAAGCAAAUUACUGCCAAGCCAAUGACCUUGUUGAUUGAUUGACCUGAGAAUAGGCACAAAGUGACAUUAGAAAUUCUACAAAAAGCCAAAAAGCAAAGCAAAAAAACAUUCAGAUACAAUGAAAUCCAUGAAGGUUCUGCUGUUAUUUGUGGUCUUCGUUGACCUUACUACACAGCUCGAGAGAAUUCCAUUGGUUAAAGCCAAGUCAAUCAGAGAGGUUCUACGUGAGAAAGACGAACUAGAAGAUUUUUUAUUACAGCAUAAGCCGGAUGUAUUUACUCAAAAGUACUUGCACUGCUUUCCUCAGUCUGUUGCCUUUAAAGCUGGAGCCACUUCUGAAAAUCUUUAUGAUUAUAUGAAUGCACAAUAUUAUGGGGAGAUCAGCGUUGGGACCCCACCUCAAAACUUUACAGUGGUGUUUGAUACCGGCUCCUCCAAUUUCUGGAUCCCAUCCUCUUAUUGCGUCAGUGAAGCCUGCAGUGUGCAUAAGACAUUUAAUUCAUUUGAGUCAAUUUCUUAUGAGCACGGAGGAAAACCAUUCUCUAUACAUUAUGGCACUGGACAGCUUGUUGGCAUAACAGGUAGAGACAUCCUGAGGAUUGGGAACUUGUCUAUUGUGAACCUGGACUUUGGACAGUCAGUUUUGGAGCCUGGCAGAACAUUUGUCGUUGCACAGUUUGAUGGGGUGCUGGGCUUGGGAUAUCCCUCACUGGCUGUUGCAAAUGCUGUCCCUGUAUUUGAUCGGAUCCUGGAGCAAAAACUUGUAGAGAAACCGCUAUUUUCCUUUUAUUUGUUGAAACAGGAAGGCAGUAAUUAUGGGGGAGAGCUUAUAUUUGGGGGAAUAGAUCACUCACUAUAUAAAGGACCGAUUCACUGGAUCCCCAUCACAGAGAAAGGCUACUGGCAGAUAAGGCUCGACAAUAUCAAAGUUAAUGACAAAGUAAAGUUUUGCAAGAAUGGCUGUGAGGCCAUCAUUGACUCUGGCACUUCACUUAUUACUGGCCCCUCACCUGAAAUAAAACAGCUACAAGCAAUCCUGGGAGCCACACCUUCUGCAUUUGGAGAGUACGUUUUAGAUUGUGCGCUGGUGCCCAGUCGCCCAACCAUAACUUUCACCAUUGGGCAGAGAGAUUACUCUUUAACUCCAGAACAGUAUAUAAUAAAGGAGAAAUCAAAAAAAUCCUCGUUUUGUUUAAGUGGUUUUCAAUCCAUGGAUAUCUCCACGAAGUCUGGGCCACUUUGGAUUCUGGGAGAUAUUUUUAUGUCAAAAUAUUACAGUAUCUUUGACAGAGAAUAUGACAGAGUUGGACUUGCAAAAUCUCGCGUGAAGAAACAUUGAAGUGCUAGAGUAAAAAAAAGACAAAUAGGCUCUAAGUUUACAUCAUUUGAUGAUAAUAUCACUGUAUGAAAUAGGGGAGCCACAACAAUAUGCAUUGCAAGUGACAACACAUCAUUUGCUUUGCUAAGUAUUGUAUAUAAUAAAUGUAAAAUUUUCUGUAUGUUUUGUUAAUACGCAUCAUUUAUCGUCACACCAGUUGAAAGACUAACGCAUAAUAUAAAUCAGGGUAAGUCACACCUUUAAGGGACACUAAAGUCAAAAUAAACUUUCAUGAUUCGGAAAGAUCAUGCACUUUUAAGAAACUUUCCAAUUUACUUUAAAGUCUUAAUUAGGAAUCCCCAAGUUUAUUUUGACAUAACCAAUUGAACUGGUUCCGGCACUUAAAGGACAUAUCCUGGGAAUUCCCCUUUUUUUUAUUAAUUAAGCUUUUAGAUUUUUAUUCAAUGUGUAUUAUUCAUGUGUGCUAUUUUUUUGUAAACAUGUACUUUGUGUAUACAUUAUUUUAUGGUUGACAUAGUAAAAUCACAUUUUUGAACAUA